CUCCCUCCACCCCCGCCCGCUCCCCAUGGCUCACGUUCUCUCCCUCGAUGAGCUCUAUGCCCUCCUACAACCCAUAACCGUCUCACCAUCAUCCCCCUCAGCUAUCUUUCGCAAUUGGGGACAUACAUUCCGCUGCGCACCGCUGUCGGUCUUUGAGCCCCAGACUGAGCACCAGUGUGAGCUUAUUCUGGAGCUUGCCCGACGCUCCAAACGCUCUGUGCGUGCCGUCGGUGUAGGCCAUUCACCCAGUGAUCUCGCAUGUACGAGCGAAUUUAUGGUCCGGAUGGGUUCGCUUAAUAAAGUCAUCGAGAUCGAUGUUGAGAAGCAACUUGUUGUCGCCCAAGGCGGUAUCACACUCCAGCGCCUCCAUGCCACCCUUGACGCCCACGGCCUCGCUAUGAUCAACGUAGGGUCAAUCUCGGACCAAACCCUCGCAGGAAUGGUCACCACCGCUACCCACGGCACCGGCCUGACCCACAAAGUCCUCUCCACCCACGUCCAGGCCCUGCAUCUCCUGCUCGCCGAUGGCUCACACGUUCGCUGUUCACGCUCGGAGAACACAGAUCUAUUCAUUGCGACAAUAUGUGGCCUCGGGAGUACUGGUCUUAUUCUCGACAUUCAGCUCAAGGUUGCACCCGCUUUCCGACUGCACGAGGUGCAGGAGACUUUCAAGUUCGAUCCGGUGGUGGAUAGGUUGGACGAGGUGGCGAAUUCGGCAGAAUAUGUCCGUCUCUGGUGGUGGCCACAAGCGGGAGAUAUUCGUGUCAGUUCGAUGAGCAAAACCAAUGAGCCACAACGCCCUGUGGCCACUUGGCUGUGGCAUUCUUUCGUCGGAUACCACGUCAUCCAAUUUCUGCUUUUCCUUGGAUGUUUCAUACCACCCGUAAACAUAUGGACUGCUCGAUUCACUUCUUGGCUCGUGCACGACAAGACCGUUUCAGUAGACGACAGUCUAAAUAUCUUUAAUAUAGACUGCAAGUACCGCCAACAUACUACGGAGUGGGCUCUCCCCUAUUCGCACGCACAGGCAGCCAUGCGAGACCUUCGGGAUUGGUUCGACAGAGAGUUUGCCGACCCGAAUGGCCUGCGACCUCACUGUUCUCUCGAGAUUCGUUUCUCGGAGGCGGAUGACGUCUGGUUGAGCCCAAGCUAUGGUCAGCGUAUGUGUUGGAUUGGAGUGGUACAAUACAAGCCUUACGGGUUUAAUGUGCCGUACAGAGUACUCUUCAGGCGCUUCGAGUCGAUUAUGAUGAAGUACGGAGGACGCCCACAUUGGGCGAAAGCUCAUAGCCUUCGCCCUGACACACUCCGCACGCUCUAUCCUCGCUUUGACGAUUUCUGUCGGCUUCUUGGAGACGUAGAUCCAUCAGGCACUUUCCGAAACGAAUACAUCUCGCGCCACAUCUUCGGUCUCGCUGGGACACAGUACGACGAAAGGGUGUUCAAGGACCGACCGUAAGCGCUCUCCAAGCUAGGGAAUCGCGCUGUAUGCUUAGGGAUGUCGUGGCAUUGAUGGUACCGGUCGGAUCUGUGGAGUGUAAGGCAUGCAGAGUCGUUUCUUGGUGUGUUGUGCUAGGAUAGGUGUACGAUGGAUGGCUGGAACUCGUAGUAACAUAUCUUAACUUGCAACGUUUCCCUGUGCUAUAGUCCAUAUCUUCGUUCUUCUAAUGUUUGCCCAUACGGCCUUCAGUUACUUAAUCAUCUUCACCCACUCUACGUUUAGAAUAUCACUUGAAUAAUUGGGUACCCGAUUCCUCUCUGUCGCCUUCUAGCAUGUGCAUGAUGUACUGGACCAUAUCAUAUCCAGGUAUGUGUAUUAUCGCAACCGAGACGCCCAUCAUGGCGGAGAUGAUGCAACCUGCGCGCCGAGAUCAGCUGCGGUGUGAUAUUUCGAGUUUACAAGCCAAGUUGCUCCUUAAUGGACUCCCGGACAAUCCUCUCGUACUCCGCUUUAUUGUCCCGAUAAAGCUUGCAGCAGUCGAUAUUGGCGCCACUCUCGAGAUUCGGCUCAGCGAGCAUGGAGAUAACGCUCAAGAUCACCUUCUCGACACUUUGUACGGGGCUCCAGCGUUCAGAGGCCUGUUCAUACAUUGUCGGAUCAUCACCUGGAGUGUGCAGGAUCGAGAUGCAGACGUUUCCGUCAGGAUAUAUGUUCGGGUGGAACAAGGGCGGUUCAAACUUCAUCUUGAACGGGGACAGUGGGUAAUCCGUUGGGAACGUCAAUUUAGCCGCGAAUACUCCACCUUCGAAAGGCGUGUCCUUGGGCCCAACGAUCAAAGCCUCCCAGGUAAAGAAGUCGGACUCUGAUAUCGGGCCGGCGGUAAACAUUCCAUCAGGAGAACCUCCAGCUGUGAGCUGCUUGUAUUCUGUCAUCAAUCUGCGAAGUGCAGUUGCACUACCACCACGAGAACUCAUAUCGACUGAGGCGAAUAGAGAAACAGAUUGAAAGCGAGGUGAAUGAUGCCUGAGCAAGCUAGUCGCGAACCUGAA